AUGUGUUUUGGUCAGGCAUUUGACAAGCGCCUCUGCCCUCUUUACCAUGGCGUGUUCGAGAUGGCCAAACAUGAUCGGCCUCUGGUGACACAAAUGGGAGAUGAGGCUCAGGAGAUUUGGGAGGCGGAGAUGCCAAGGUUGGGUGAAGGUCGCAGUCCUUACCCAGGCCCCAAGUUCCACGAUGACCGGUGCAAAGAUCUCGCGGGUGAUCUCCAGCCGCUGGACAUCGAUGCCGAGGGAGAUGCCAGGCUUCCUCAGCAUGAUGGCUUCCAAGGUCUGGACCUGAAUGCUGGAAUCACCAGAUACUUGGAGUCUCAUGAAGCCAGCGACCUCAGUGGAAAAGCUCAAGCAAGUUGUCUGCCAGCUGCCGCUGGAUAG